AGAUGGCACUACAGGCUCGGAGUGGUCAGUGUUUUGACGUGCAGUCUUGCCAGCUCGUGCCAGCUGUGGGAAUCAUUUGAAACUUUUAAUUUGUGGUUAUGAAUAAAUAGUAAUGGUCAACAAAGGGAAUUAACCAUUUCGUGAAGAUUUACUGUACUUAAAUAACCGUAUUUAGACGUUUUUGAAUGACAGUAAUGGCUUUAUCAUGCGUGUACAUGGCAGCUGACGUGUAUUUGGUUUGCCUACAACAUGCUUUAUCUACAGAAAAGGAAGAGGUUAUGGGUCUACUUAUUGGAGAGAUCGACUCCAAGAAAGUUGCCCAUAUCAGUGCUGUUGUAAUGCUGCGCCGUUCAGAUAAAAGGAAGGACAGAGUGGAAAUAUCUCCGGAGCAACUUACCAAUGCCGCAAUUCAAGCCGACAAAUUAACUCAUGAAUUGGGAAGAACCAUGAGAGUUCUGGGGUGGUACCACUCUCAUCCUCAUAUUACAGUGUGGCCAUCACAUGUUGAUGUGCGAACUCAGGCAAUUUACCAGAUGAUGGAUGAAGGAUUUGUGGGCAUCAUUAUUUCAGUGUUUUCAGAAGAUAAAGUUUCUAAGGAACAACAAGUACAGAUCACAUGUUUUCAGUCAACCAACCAAAGUCCAGAAGGAGAAUCCCCUCAGUAUAUAAGACUAGAAGUUCCUCUUCACAUUCAACCUACUAGCUGUUUGUCAAAACCAUGUUUGCAAUCUAUGGUAGAACUCCCAGAAAUUUUAUUUCAAGAGGAGAAAGACAGUUACGAUGCCACUACAAAAUUGACAUUUCUUAGUAUCUUAGCACAAUUAAACAAUAAAGCAGUUUUGACCCAGGCUCUGUGUCAUAUUACAGAAGUUGUAUCUGGUCCUUUAGUAAUGGCUCUCGAACAAAGAAAAGCCAACAACCAGAAGAGAUGCAGAGAAUUACUUCAAGAAAGAGAGAGUCUGUUGACCCUAAAGUCAACUAUGUGAAUAUGGUGUUUUUCAGUAUCUUAGAUUUACUGUGUAAACAAACAAUUCUUUCUUAUUUCUGGAUUAAGUGUACUUAAACAAGCUUGAGUGGAUCAGACCAGUGUGAUUGUCAACUUCAUAAAAUAGUAUGUGAAGUCAAUAUUGGACUUAAUUUUUUUAACACAGCUAGACAAUUUGUGAACUAUUUGUGAUGUGUUAAUUUCCUCUAUUUCUAGAGAUGAAAUGUACAUUAUGUUUGAAUUGCAAGGGACUGAGAAUCUUGCCAUUUCUAGGUUUAUCUACAGAAAUAGAACGAAAGAUUUUUCAUAUGAUGCAUUUUUUUUUAAACCUUUAUUUCCUUGUAUUCCUGUUUUUUGAAAUCAAUGAAUUCAGUAGUAA